AAGCAUAAUUCAGAGCUUGCAAAGUAGUGGAGUAGUAGUCAUCUAUGGCGGAAGCAUCGCUUGCGAUUAGGCUGAGGACGGCGUUCGUGGUGCUCGGAUGUGUAACCACCGCCACCGUCAUCUACACCCUCGUCACUGACGGCCUCCCUUUCCGCAAAGAAAUCUACGCCCCGUGGAUGGUAUCAUCCUUGGUAGAUUUCUACAUCAAUAUCAUAGCCAUAGGGAUGUGGAUAAUCUACAAGGAAUCUAACUGGAUUUCCUCACUUAUUUGGAUGGUUUUGCUUAUAUGUUUUGGAAGCAUCGCCACAUGUUUGUACGUCGUUUUGCAGCUCAGAAAGCUCACUCCUCAUGAAUCACACUCAGAUCCUAUAUGCUUUGUUUUGCUCAAAAGGCCUUCUACGGAGGAAGUGGAGUCGAAGAAGAGUACAGUCUCUGUUGUAGGCGCGAGGUUUCUCUUCCUCGGCCUGACCUGUCUCAUGUUAGCUACAUUGGUUUGCACCAUUGCCACAGGUGGCUCGCCAUUUCAUCAAGAGAUUUAUACUCCGUGGAUGUGUGCGACGCUCGUUGAUUUCUACGUUAAUGUGGUUCCUUUAUCGGUUUGGGUGGUUUAUAAGGAGUCUAGCUGGACAAGAUCAGCAUUAUGGAUCAUUUUGUUGAUAUGCUUCGGAAGUGCUGGCACGAGCGCUUACAUUGCCCUACAACUCUUUCGUAUUUCACCUCAAGACCAUGUGCACCUCGUUCUCAUGAACGAAGACAGCAGGGCAGUCAACGACGGCUAUGAAGGAACUCUACAGAAGGAAAAGCUUGUUUGCUGAAAUUAGAAUUUUUUAAAAAAAAAAUAAAUGCGCAGGCUCUCAUGGAAAUAUCUGAAAUAAUGUGUGAAAUUUAGAUGGAUGGACAAACUAUAAAUGUAAAAGCAUCAUAUAAAUAAAUAUUUGUGGCAAGAUUUUGACGA